AUGUCCCCAACCCGCGCCAUCGUAGCUUUCGGCUCCGGCCCAGGCAUCGGGAACCACAUCUCCGCCGAGUUCGUCUCAAAAGGCUUCAGCCACGUGAUAUUGCUUGCCCGCAACGAGCAACGUCUCAAAAAUGAAGAUGCAGCUUUUGUUCAAAAAGCCGGCUCCAACGUCAAAGUCGACACGCUACGUCUGGAUCUCUCAGACCUCUCCUCCAUCUCGGGAGUCUUGAAGAAGAUCGACGAGCUUACCAAGGGCGAGGACUUAGAAGUCGUCUUCUUCAACGCCGCAAGAAUCAAGCCAAGUGGUGUACUGGAAGUUGCUGUCGAAGAGAUCAAUGAGGAUUUCAGGACAACGAAUCUAGCUCUCUACACCGUCGCCCAAUGGGCCAUCCCCCGCCUUCAGCAACUGAAAAAGUCCAACCCUUCAUCAAAACCCAGUCUCCUCGUGACCAAUAGCUUCCUCCCUAAGACCCCUGUGCCCCAGCUUCUGUCAUUGAGUCUGGUCAAGGCUAGUCAGAGAAACAUGGUCCACAGCUUCAAUCUGACAUAUGCGGAGAGCGGGGUGCAUGCUGGUCUGAUCAGCGUUGGGGGCGUUGUUGCGCCGGAGAACAAGAAUUUGAAUCCAAAGAACAUUGCCAAGAAGGCUUAUGCGUUCUACGAAUCCGCAGAUGGACUAGAAGUUGAGAUUAGUGAGUAG